CAUUUUCUCUAUAAAUCUGAGGGUUAACAACAUAAUAAAAUUUAAUUUGUAUUACUUUGUUAAUUUUAAAUGACAAAUUUGAAAUUUAAUUUUGCCAAAUCUGUGCGGUAUUCAUAGCAAUUUCCUUUGUCAUUAUCAAAACAGGUUCAAAUGAUGACAGAGCAAUUCUAUAAUAUUAUCUUCCCUGCCUAUUCAAAGUCUUAUAAUUUUGGAGCGAUUUCAUUUUUUCUAACAAUCAGACCUCAUUUUCUUAGCAACCUUUUUCCAAUUUUCUUAUAUAAGCACAUUAAAAUCUCAUAACAAAUCAUAAUCCCAUUUGAAUUAGAUAUUCUUCUUUGAUUCAAACAAUUAUUCAUGAUGACCAUUCUUACUACACAAAUUUCACUUCUUUUGCUUACACUUUUAUCUAUAACUACAUUCCACAAAACCAUGUGUAGCAAUCACACAGUUGUUCGCUGCAAUGAGAAAGAUCGAGAGACAUUGUUAACGUUCAGACAGGGCAUCCAUGAUAGUCUUGGUCGGAUAUCAACGUGGUCAACUGAAAAAGAUUGUUGCGUAUGGGAAGGAGUCCGCUGCGACAACAUUACCGGAAGAGUUACAGAACUUGAUCUCAAACCUCGUUUUGAAGAUGAGUCAAUCAGAUUUUUGAAAGGUGAGAUGAAUCUUUGUAUUCUAGAACUUGAGUUUCUCAGUUACUUGGAUUUGAGUCUGAAUGUAUUUGACGUGAUAAUAAUUCCAUCCAUUCCACACAACAUCACACAUUCAUCUAAACUUGUAUACCUUGACUUAUCCCUCCUCAACAAAUUUGUCGAUUUAGAAAAAAAGAAAACUCUGCACAUGGAUAGUCUUCAUUGGCUUUCUUCACUUUCUUCCUUAAAAUAUCUCAACCUUAGUAACAUUGAUCUUCCUAAGGAAACCAAUUUGUUUCAAAUAGUGAAUUCACUUCCUUCACUAUUAGAAUUACAGUUGAGUGAUUGUAAAUUGAACAACUUCCCAUUUGAUGAGUAUUUGAAUUUGUCUUCAAUUGUAACUCUUGAUCUUUCUAGAAACAACUUUACCUCUCAUUUACUUGAUGGGUUUUUUAAUCUUUCCAAAGAUCUCAAGUAUCUCGACCUUUCUUGGAACAAUAUAUAUGGUGAGAUACCUUCAAGCUUGCUAAACCUUCAAAAUUUGAGACACCUUGAUCUCUCUUAUAACCAACUACAAGGAUCAGUUCCAGAAGAAAUAGGCCAACUUUCCCAUAUUCAACAACUUGAUCUCUCUGAAAACCAACUACAAGGAUCUAUUCCUUCAACUCUAGGAAACCUCUCUUCCUUAAAUUACUUAUUUAUUGGCUCUAAUAAUUUCUCUGGUGAAAUUUCAAAAUUAACUUUUUCCAAACUCUAUACUUUAGGUUUGCUAGACAUGAGUUAUUCAAAUAUUGUAUUCCAAUUUGAUUUGGAUUGGAUUCCUCCUUUUCAACUCUUUCACCUUUCAUUGGGAAAUACAAAUCAAGGCCCAAACUUUCCAUCUUGGAUAUAUACACAAAAGUCAUUGCAAGUUCUCGAGUUAUCAAACUCGGGAAUUUCAUUGGUAGAUAGACAUAAGUUCUCGAACCUUAUAGAAAGAGUAGCCAAUUCUCUUAUUUUGUCAAACAAUUCGAUUGCUGAAGACAUAUCCAACCUAACACUAAAUUGUUUGUUCUUAUGGUUGGAUAACAAUAAUUUCGCAAGAGGACUCCCAAACUUAUCACCAAUGGCCUGGGUAGUUGAUUUGUCUUACAACUCCUUCUCAGGAUCAAUUCCACAUAGUUGGAAGAACUUGAAAGAACUAUCACUCCUGAACCUAUGGAGUAAUAGGCUGUCUGGUGAAGUUCAAGAGCAUCUCUCUGAUUGGAAACAAUUGAGAGUCAUAAAUUUGGGAGAAAAUGAAUUUUCUGGAAGCAUACCAACAGGGAUGUCACAAAACUUACAACUGAUCAUAUUGAGAGCCAAUCAAUUUGAAGGGACUAUUCCACAACAACUAUUCAAUCUCUCUUAUUUGAUUUACUUAGACCUUGCACAUAACAAACUUUCAGGAUCUAUACCGGAUUGUGUCUAUAACUUGACUGAAAUGGUUACAUUUUCUGAGGGGGUAUUACCAGCAGAUAUCACAAUUGAGUUGUUUACAAAAGGUCAAGAUUAUAUCUAUCAAAUCCGUGGAGAUACACGUACUAUUGACCUUUCAGCCAAUCACUUGACUGGAGAAGUGCCAUUGGAAUUGUUUCGGCUUGUUCAAGUUCAAACAUUAAACUUAUCUCACAAUAGUUUCAUUGGAACAAUUCAGAAGACGAUUGGAGGCAUGAUAAAUAUGGAAUCUCUCGAUCUCUCUAAUAAUAAGUUUUAUGGUGAAAUUCCUCGGAGCAUGUCUGUCUUAACCUUUUUGGGUUAUUUGAAUUUAUCUUACAACAGUUUUGAAGGAAAAAUCCCAACUGGAACACAACUUCAAAGUUUUAAUGCAUCGAGUUACAUUGGGAAUCCUAAACUGUGCGGAGCUCCUCUCAAUAAUUGUACCAUGAAAGAAGAAAAUCCUAAAACUGCAAUGCCAUCAACAGAUAAUGAAGAUGACGACUCUUUAAGAGAAUCAUUGUAUCUAGGGAUGAGAGUUGGAUUUGCAGCAGGUUUCUGGGGGAUUUGUGGUUCUUUGUUUCUUAUUAGAAAAUGGAGGCAUGCUUACUUUCGGUUUGUUUAUAGAGUGGGUGACAAGAUCUAUGUUACUUUGAUCGUAAAGUUGAACAUGUUUAAAAGAAAUUGAGCUCCUGCUAUAGUUAAGGUGAUUAUUAAUGUGGAAGAUUCUGCAUUUUUAUGCAAAUCGUGGAAGAUUACGAGUUGUAUGAGAUGAGAUUAUACAUGACUGUACAGUUGUUGCUGCUCAUUUCAUCUUUCACUUUUUGUAAUGUUUUUGUUCAUUGAAAAACCAUUUAUACAAGUCAUAGAAUGAAUGCAAUCAUGUCGUCAAUUGUUCUUCGUAUCUCUCAAUUAUUAUUGUACCGAAUGUAGUGAUUUUAGACAAUCUUAUAGAUAGUUUU